GCGGCGCGAGACCGGCAUCAGUUUGAACUGAGCGAGCGAACAGAGCAGAGCCAAGCGACCCCGCCAAGACUCGUCUCCGUACGCAGCAGUAGCAGCAUCCCCCGUGACACCAAGGUACUCAACGCCAUGGCCUUCAACCACUGCAUGAGGCUGGCCCCCAGGAUGGGCCGCCACCUGGCCGCGCCGCAGCUGCAGCAGGCGCGCUCCAUCUUCUCGCCCUUCCCGCGCCCCACCGACAUCGGCGCCCUGAUCCGCGACAUGGACCGCCAGAUGGACCGCUUGGAGCGGCAGAUGUUCCGCAGCGUCCCCUCCUGGCUGCCCCGGUUGCCCCGCGCAGCCGCGCUGCCCAUCGACCACACCCUGGGCCCGCAGGAGGGCGGCAGCCAGUACCGCCUGUCCCUCGACCUGGCCGGCUUCAAGCCCGAGGAGAUCAGCCUGUCCCUGGACGAGACCGGACGCCAGCUCACCAUCUCGGCCAGGUGCGAGCGCAAGGGCCAGGACGGCAGCCGGUACGCGCAGGAGAUGGUGCGCUCCGUCACCCUGCCAGAGACCAUCGACGUCCAGCAGCUGUCGUCCCUGCUGCACUCCGACGGCGUGCUCGCCAUCGAGGCCCCCUUCAAGGAGCAGCCCCCGCAGCCCGAGAGCGAGCCCAAGGCCAUCCCCAUCCAGAGGGUCGGCGAGCAGAAGCAGCAGGAGCAGCUCCAGGACAAGCAGGCCGAGCAGCAGGCCUCCAGCUGAACGGCGGCCUCCGGCCUCGACCACCCCGCCAGCGAAGUGUAGUGUGUAGUGCAGUAUUGUCGAGAAAUAAGUGAUGUUGCAUCAUUCCGAUCGUUAUUAAGAUUGUUGACGCGUGAAUGUGUAGUUGAUGCUUGAUGUUGCAUCAUUCUUGUAUGCAGUGCCAUCAUUGCCGAAAAGAGUGCGCGCCCUAAAGGAUGUGGAUGAUUGCAUCAUCUGAUGUGCCCUUUGAGGUAGAUCAAUUGAAUUUAUUCUAAGUAAGUGUAUUAUUACCAUUUAUCAUAGUGUGUGAGAUAGUUUUAAUGUCUAGUCGCUGAGAAAGGAAGGGGCGAAUUUCUAUAAUUUUAUUCGAUAUUUACCUGUUUUUGAGACUGAUUCGUUAGUGUUUACGAUUUUGUUUUCUAAUAAAUGAAAAAAUACUUUUUUGGAAAUCAA